ACAUGGCCGCCGUUAGGUCACAGAGUAGCUCGCGGGUCGCAGCGGCCCCUCACCCAAACGACAUGCACGAAACGAAACCGUUGCCCUCACUCUUCUUCCUUCUUCUUCUUCUUCGUCGCCCCCUGCGCCGACGAGGCUUUCGUUUUCUUCUCCCAUUCGCUCACCCAAUGCAAACCACGUACCCCAAACGAGACCUAGCAGCUCUCCCUUCUUCGCUCUGAUUUGCGUGGUCCAUGGAGCUGAGCAGGUCUAGAAGCUCGCCCUCGGCAGCAAGCUGCUGAUGGCGGUGUGGCGUGCCGCGACGUUUCGUGCGCGCGCGCAAUGGGUGCGUGACACGUUCAAGUAAUCGAGCUGUUUGGAUCGGAUCUGCGUGCUCAUGGGAGACGAAGGCGGCGGCGGAAGCGAGCUAUAUCUGCUCAGCCGCUUCGCGGCAUCCUCGUCGUCGUCGGCGGCUCAGCUGAGAGGCAGGGAAAGGGCCAUGGAUCACCACCAGGACCUGUCGGCGGAGCUGGACCCGGCGCUGCUCAUGUCCGCGUCCACGUCCUCCUCGUCGCCGCCGGACUCCGCCUCUCCCUCCUUCUCCUUCUCCCACCCGUCCCCUCCACACUACACCCUCGCCGUCAGCAACCUCUCCUGCCCCGCGCCUCGCCGCCGCGCCUCCAUCCUGCCGUCCUUCCUGUCCUCCUGCUUCUCCACCUCCCCGGCCACCGACGCCAGCGGCGGCGGCGAGAGGCUGCUCCUCAAGUCCGUGUCCUUCACCGCCUCCAGCUCCAACAUCCUCGCCGUCGUGGGCCCCAGCGGCGCCGGCAAGUCGACGCUGCUCCGCAUCCUGUCCGGGCGCGGCACGGGGUCCGAGAUCGCCAGGCCGGGGACGGUGUCGCUCAACGGCCACGCCGUCACCUCCCGCGCGCAGCUGCGGCGGCUCUGCGGGUUCGUCACGCAGGACGACAACCUGCUGCCGCUGCUCACGGUCCGCGAGACCAUCCUCUUCGCCGCGCGGUUCCGGCUCCGCGCCGCCGCCACCGCGCGGGAGCGCCUCGACCGCGUGGAGGCGCUGAUGCAGGAGCUGGGCCUGUCCGAGGUGGCCGACAGCUACGUCGGCGGCGGCGGCGGGGCGCGCGGCGUGUCCGGCGGCGAGCGGAAGCGGGUGUCCAUCGCGGUGGACAUGGUGCACGACCCGCCGGUGCUGCUGCUGGACGAGCCCACGUCGGGGCUGGACAGCCGGUCGGCCGUGGACGUGCUGGCGCUGCUGCGCGAGGUGUCCCGCGCGCGGCGGCAGGUGGUGGUGCUCAGCAUCCACCAGCCCAGCUACCGCAUGCUCGGCUACAUCUCCUCGCUGCUUCUCCUCUCCCGCGGCGCCGUCGCGCACUCGGGCACGCUCAAGUCGCUCGAGGACGCGCUGGCGCGGCUUGGCCACAAGAUCCCCGUGCAGCUCAACCCGCUGGAGCUCGCCAUGGAGAUGGAGGUCACCGGCGAGCUCGCGGAGGACCGCCGCCGCCGCGGCGCCGGGUUCCUCGACGACGAGGACGCGAUGAGCAGCCUCCUCGACAGCAGCAGCAACGCCGGCCGGCGCCUCGACGUCCCCGACCGCGGCUACUGCAGCCGCGCCACGGAGGUCUCGGCGCUGACCGUGCGCUGCUGGCGCACCAUGGUCCGCACGCGGGAGCUCUUCGCGGCGCGCGCCGCGCAGGCCGUGGUGGGCGGGCUCGGCCUCGGCAGCGUCUACUUCCGGCUGCGCCCCGACGGCCCCGACGGCGUGGCGCUCCGGCUGGGGCUCUUCGCCUUCACCCUGUCCUUCCUCCUCUCCUCCACCGUGGAGGCGCUGCCCAUCCUCCUCCACGAGCGCCGCGUGCUGAUGCGGGAGGCCUCCCGCCGCGCGUACCGGCUCUCCUCCUACGUGGUCGCCAACGCGCUGGUCUUCGCGCCGUGCCUCCUCGCCGUGGCGCUCCUCUUCUCGGGGCCCCUCUACUGGCUCGCGGGGCUCCGCGCGGCGCCGCUCGGGGCCUUCGCCCUGUUCGUGCUCGCCGUCUGGCUCAUCGUGCUCAUGGCCAGCUCCCUGGUGCUCUUCCUCAGCGCCGUGUCGCCGGACUUCGUGCUGGGCAACGCCCUCAUCUGCGUGUGCCUGGGCGUCUUCUUCCUCUUCUCCGGCUACUUCAUCCCCAGGGGCAGCAUCCCGAGGUACUGGGCCUUCAUGUACUACGUGUCCAUGUACAGGUACCCGCUGGACCUGCUGCUCAUCAACGAGUACGGGGGCAGCGCGAGGGGCAGGUGCGUGGAGUGGGUGGGGGGGAACGCCGCCAUGGCCGGCGGCGGCGUGUGCUUGCGGACGGGAGCCGACGUGCUCAGGGACAGGGGCAUCGACGAGGUGAUGAAGUGGGCCAACGUCGGGGUCAUGCUGGGGUUCUUCCUGCUCUACAGGGUCAUGUGCUGGGCCGUGCUCGUCAGGAGGGCCUCCAAGACCACCCUGUGACUGUGAUCGAUCUCUGGCAUCGCUUCUCUUCUCUUCAGGGUUUCGAUUGUUCAUUCAGUCAGGGGAAGACCUGUAGUACUCUGUUUCAGCAGGCAUCGUCUUCUGUUUCGAGGUCACUAGUUGAUUAAGUUAUAUUGGUUCAUGUAAUAUCUCUGUAUUGUAUUCCUUUUUACUAUUAUCUUUGGGUUAUUUUGGGAGUUGGUGUUUACUAAGAAAUGUGAUGUUAAUCUUGGCUAAGUGGAACAUUAGUGUGAUCUUCGGCAAUAAACCAGCUCAUUUAUAGUGACAAAA